GUGAGAGUGUGAGUGUGUGUAGGCUAUUUGGCUCGGUGAUGGGCCAAAAUGCAAUUAUGGUUAUGAAGCAGAAAAUCCAUUAAUGGCAGUGAGCACAAGUAGGCUACCACACAGUAGCUAUAUUGUUUUUGAAGUUUAACUGGUAACAGCUGAGGUAUAAUUCCCUCACAUAGGCUAUACUUUACAUUUACAGACACAUACCUCCUUAUCUUCACCACGAGAGGCUGGAUGAUCUACCAUUCAUUCUUAAUGAAUCGAGCUUUUCUCAGGUAAAGAGGAUGACUGUAGGAGCGGAUGGUGCGGACAGCCGGUCACCGAGCGGAGGACUCGGAUUUUGACCACACGGCGUCUGUCUGACGGAGGAGCCGCGGGGCGACACACAAACGGAGCUGCCACCAUCUGGGAGCUGGUUUUGAUGAUCUAUCGGCUCCUGUGUAAUAUGGCCUCCUUCACCUGAUUGACCAUCAGAAGAUGGGGCCUUCAGAUCCACUUAGGGAACUGUAAACAAAAUUGAGUUAAGACUGAAGGGACCACUCCACCUACUCAUUUAAGGAUAGAAGUCAUUGGAGCGUGUUCUUAUGAGGACACUUGGUUCUUGCUACAGCUGUGUGCUGUGCUAAAAGUCCAAGCGUGGGUGCCCUUAGUCUGAGGCAGAGCUAUGGGCUGUGGGGGGAGCAGGACUGAUGCUCUGGAGCCUAGAUACCUGGAGAGCUGGACCAAGGAGACGGAGUCAACAUGGCUGACCAGCACAGACACUGAUAUCCCCCUGUCAUCCAUCCAUAGCAUUCCCUCUGAGAACUCUGAGCCCGACUUCACUAUUGAAAAAACAAUCAGCCCUGUUCCAGAUUUCUUCGAGGACUGCCUCCCUCCCCCUGCUCAGGCUUACCUAAAGGUCUGUUCGGCCGUGUCUGAAGCCAGUCUGAAAGACGUGAAACCCAGCAGCCCCCCUGCAAAACUGGGCUCUCCAGUCAAGGAGCCAUCUUCCGGCAUCACAGUGCAGCGCAGAAGUGUUCUACACACUGAAGAGAUUACAAAAUGGCAGGACAAUCGGAUGUCGACCAAGCAGGUGACCAUUACAGUGACACAGAGCAUCCAUCAGGUGGACAAGAACGGAAAGGUGAAGAAGUCCCUCACCACCUACGAGGUUAUGAAACCCGUGGAAAGCAUCAAACAGGUGGCCACACACAACACCUGAGUGCAGGGGAGACUGGAAGAAGCCAAAGAAAAAAGGAAGAAGACUGGUAAAACAAGUGAACAGAUGGUGUUGUUGUGGAAACAUCUUCAAGGUCUGACAGCUAAAGAAAGCACAAGAUGAAUGAGACGCUGAACUGUACGAUUUUGAUUGUCAUAUUGAAAACAUGGCUCAUCAAACGUUUGACUAGGCCUAUUAUAUUUAAGAUGUACUUCUAUGGUGCCUGUUACAACAAAGUCUUACUGUGCUGUCUUGAAGAAAUUUACAUGUAAAACUCUAGGUUGGCAAGAAAAGAUGCAAAAUGUGACAUUUUACAUUACAUACAGUAUCAGAACAAAAACAAAUCAAGAAUUCAUAGUAUAUCACAGAAGACAGGAAAUCAUUACUUGGCACCCCUAUUUUUAAGAUGCUAAAUAUGUGUAACUAUUAUUGGAUUUUCACAAACUAUACAUGUAGUUUUGUUAUUUGGCAUUGAUAAUAACAUUUAGUUGCUGCUGUACCACAAUCUGCAUGGCUCAGGAAGGUGAAACUGAUUGUGACGAUUGCACUAUUUACAGUGAUGCCUGGACAGGAGUUUGUGAUGACAAUGUAUAAAAAAAAACAUUUCUACAUUGUCUCGUUUUGUACAAUACAAUGUUACAUUUUCUUAUCUAGCCAUUCAUGUUUUCUAAUGACAAUAAAUACAUAAA